UGACGGUUCCACUUUUUUUUUCCGGAAUUGUUUUUCGUUCGGUAAAUUACAGCCCAAUCACAACUUUGUCAAAUUGUCCCUUUUUCCUUUUCAGCUCUGCAGAAGUUCGUUCGAGAUCUCGGUGAAUCCAUUUCGCCGCGGAGCUCAAACCCUGAGAAGCGAUCCUUUCUGUGGAUUCCUAAUCGGGAGAACCCUAAGCAACAAGGGAAAGAUGUCUGGACAAAGUCAGCGCUUGAAUGUGGUGCCUACUGUGACGAUGUUGGGGGUGAUGAAGGCCCGGCUCGUCGGCGCCACCCGUGGCCACGCCCUGCUCAAGAAGAAGAGCGACGCACUCACCGUUCAGUUCCGGCAGAUCCUUAAGAAGAUCAUUUCCACCAAGGAGUCCAUGGGUGAUGUUAUGCGUAACUCUUCUUUUGCCCUCACCGAGGCCAAGUACGUUGCCGGAGACAACAUUAAGCAUGUGGUGCUUGAGUCUGUUAAAUCUGCCUCCCUCCGGGUUCGAUCAAGGCAGGAUAAUGUUGCAGGCGUCAAGCUGCCUCGCUUUGAGCAUUUCACUGAUCAUUCUGCUGGGGAUGCCAAGUCCGAUCUGACUGGGCUUGCGCGUGGUGGUCAACAGGUACAGUCUUGUCGGACUGCCUAUGUCAAGGCAAUUGAGGUCCUUGUUGAGCUUGCUUCUCUCCAGACCUCAUUUCUUACCCUUGACGAAGCCAUUAAGACUACCAAUAGGAGGGUGAAUGCCCUUGAGAAUGUCGUGAAGCCAAGACUAGAGAAUACCAUUACCUAUAUCAAGGGGGAGUUGGAUGAACUUGAGCGAGAGGAUUUCUUCCGUUUGAAGAAGAUCCAAGGAUACAAGAAACGCGAGAUCGAGCGGCGGGAACAAGAUGCAAAGAAGUAUGCAGAUAAUAUCCCACUGAAGACUGGAAUUUCAAUGAAUUCAGCCCACAAUUUGAUCUUUGUUGGUGCUGAGAAGGAUGACGAUAUAAUAUUUUGAUCCUGUCAAAAUCCUAAGCAUGAUUUGAGUUGGAUGCAAUCUUAUGAGUGAUUCUUCACCGGCAUAGAUAUCCAUGGAAAUAUUUCCAUUUCCCUGUGGUGCGUAGCCCUGGUAAUAAUUGGACCAUUUGCAUUCAAGAGUUUUUGGAUCAAUAAGUUUGACAUUUGGGUUUGCCUUUUGUUUUCAAACGGUACUUUGUGGCCUUGGAACUGAGACCACCAUCAAUAAUGUUGCACUUUAGUUUGUUUAUAUUGAUUAAUUCGAGUUGGGAAGACGAGCGUGGAUAAUUUGUACUUGUGUUUCACACCAUUAAGAAUUGAAGACAUAACGAGGCAAAUCCAUGAUGUUCGUUUAUAUUAA